AAGCACAAAAGAAGUUAUCAGAAAUAGACCCUCACCAGCCACUACCCACCAUCACUCUCAAUAUUGUUGUCCAGAAAUCUCCAUUCCACCUUCCACCAACACACACACACUCUCUCUCUCUCUCUCUCUCUCUCUCUCUCUCUCUAAGCUUCUCUGUUCUCUCUCUUCUUAUCCAUCUUGUUAUCAAGUUCAGCCAAGUACUCCUAAAAUACAGUAGUAAUUUAUUUAUUUUAUUUUAUUUUCCUCCACAAUCUUGCUACAACCAUGGGUGUUUUUGGAAUAUGUCUUGUGGUUUUCUUGGCCAUGACUGGUCAUUCAAGUGCUACUUAUUGUGUAUGCAAAGAUGGAGUGAGUGAUUCACUUCUUCAGAAGAACAUAGACUAUGCUUGUGGAGCUGGAGCUGACUGCACUCCAAUUAUUCAAAAUGGUGCUUGUUACAGCCCUAACACUGUAAAGGAUCACUGCAACUAUGCUGUCAACAGCUAUUAUCAAAAGAAAGGUCAAGCUAUUGGGAGCUGUGAUUUUUCAGGCACUGCCACCACUAGUACAACUGCACCUAGUGGUCAAACUACUACAUGUGUUUAUCCUUCAAGUGCAAGCUCUUCAGGAACACCAUCAACCAACACCUCAACAGGAACACCAUCAGGAACCACAACUCCAUCCACAACAAACUCACCACCUUCCUCAGUUUUCGGGCUGGGUCCCACCACAGGCAUCACCAGCACUGACAACAGUGGCAGUUUGUCUCUCCUCCAUCAAACCACCAACUUGUUCUGCUCUUUCGCUCUAACCCUUUUGUUCUCAGGCCUCAUGUUUUUGAGGGUUUAAAAGAUUUGCAGGAGAAGAGAAAAGGGUUGGUUGGUGAUUAUUAGUGGGGCUUGAUGUGUGGAUGAUAUUUUGCCACGACAGCAGUAGUACAGUGGGGGUUAUUAGCAGGGAAUCAAUCAUCUGGACUCAACAAGCAACCACUAGGGUUUUGCUUUGUAUUUUUCUUUCUUCUUUAUGUGAAAAUGCUGGGAAUUUGAUUCCUUUUGGUGGGUGAUAUUGGCUGCUAUUGGAAGGUAUUUAGCUGAUCUCUUCUUUUUGGAAUUUUCCUUCUGUACAUCUAGAGAGAGGCUGUAAUUUUUUAUUUUAAUGAGAAUUUGCUAUCCCUUCAGUCUUA